GUGGAGGGUAGGGUUUUUCAAUGGCGACAAAUAAAACCUAAAGGUUUUUAACGCUAAUUCCUGCCUGCUGUUGGGCUAAAAGCUUGAACCCGAGAAACAAUAGGAGGGCUUUCCUUCCCAGUGGAUUGCGUAGCGUACACUGCCAGUCUCUUGUCUUCUGUUCACCAUGGCUUCUUCUGAUAUCCAGGUGAAAGAACUGGAGAAGCGGGCCUCUGGCCAGGCCUUUGAGCUGAUACUCAGCCCCCGUUCAAAAGAGGCCGUCCCAGAAUUCCCUCUUUCUCCUCCAAAGAAGAAGGACCUUUCACUGGAGGAAAUUCAGAAGAAAUUAGAAGCUGCAGAAGAAAGACGCAAGUCCCAUGAAGCGGAGGUCCUGAAGCAGCUGGCUGAGAAGCGGGAGCAUGAGAAGGAAGUGCUGCAGAAAGCAAUCGAGGAGAACAACAACUUCAGUAAGAUGGCCGAGGAGAAGCUGACCCACAAAAUGGAAGCCAACAAAGAAAACCGAGAAGCACAAAUGGCGGCCAAGCUGGAGCGCUUGCGAGAAAAGGACAAGCACGUGGAAGAAGUGCGGAAGAACAAGGAAUCCAAAGACCCCCUCGCUGAUGAGACUGAAGCCGACUAGCUGUUCUGAGAACUGACUUUCUCCCCUCCCCUCCUCAAUAUCCAAAGACUGUACUGGCCAGUGUCAUUUUAUUAUCAUUGUUAUUAUUUCCCUCCUGACAAAUACUCCAGAAGCCAAUGUAGGACUUAAAUAGGUAGAUCCAGACCAUAGGAUGUUGUUUUAGGGGCUAAAGGGGAGAAACGAAAAGUGUUUUACUCUUUUUUCUAAAAGUGUUGGAGUGUUUCUAACGUAGCUAUUUUUCUUGUUGCAUCUUUUCUACUUCAGUGCACACAGUGCGCUGGGUGAAUGGCUAGUACCGUAUUGGCCCCGUGGAAACAUGUUCGUGAAAGAGUGUGUAGUGGCUUCUCUCAAAACUGUUAGAUGCUGAAUCUCUGUUUGCUUUUAAAUCCCAGUUCUGUCCCGAUUUUACCAGAUGCUACUGUACUUGAAUGGUUAAUAAAACGGCACAGUGCUGCUGGUGGCA